AGUAUCUGGCAUUCGCACCAACCCAAACAAACCAUCGGCCAUCUUGAACUGGCUGAGGCCGCGGCUGGGACUGCUGGCGUGCUGGUAGGAUUGGUAUCUUCUUUACAGAACACAGUCAUGUCUGAGAGUGAUGCAAGUUAUCAUUCAGACUCUGAGCCUGAGAAGUCUGGCCAAGGGAGUGACAGUGAGGGAGAAAAUAGGAGAAGUCGCAGCAGAAGUGUGAGCCAUGGACGUUCUGCCAGCAGAAGUGUUAGUCGUAGCCGUAGUCGGAGCAGAUCUGGCAGUAGAAGCAGAAGUCGGAGUCGAAGUAGGAGUCAGAGUAGAAGUAGGAGUAGAAGCAGAAGCCGUUCUGUAAGGUCAGAUGAGGCCAUGGAGGCUCGAAGUGGAGAGGAAGAGAUAAGUGGGGAUGAAGAGCCAGCUGAUGGUGAAGACAUUGCUAACUCUGGAUAUGACAGUGAAGAAGAUGAAGAUGAUGAGAGGCAUGUGAAAAAACGAAGGAAGAGAGGAGCAGUUUCUGAUUAUUUCUUGGAGGAGGCUGAGGUGGAUGAUGAUGAAGGGGAAGAUGAUGAAGAUGAAGAGGGGGAUGACUAUGAUCUCUUGGCCAAUGAGAAAGAGGAAGUGGGUGUUACUGCCCGGGAGGUUGAAGCCCACCGCAGAGCACACAGUGUCUGGGACAAUGAACGAGAAGAAGAAAUUGAAGAAUACUAUCGUCGCAAGUAUGCUGAUGAGACCUCUGCUGCUUUGCGCUUUGGUGAAGGAGGAGAAGAGAUGAGUGAUGAAAUUACUCAACAGACACUAUUGCCUGGUGUUAAAGAUCCUAAUCUUUGGAUGGUGAAAUGCCGCAUUGGUGAAGAAAAGGUGACCUGUUUGCAGUUGAUUCGCAAAAUGUUUGCAUACCAGUUUACAGAUGAGCCUUUGCAGAUCAAGUCUGUUGUGGCCCCUGAAGGUGUAAAGGGCUAUAUCUACAUAGAAGCUUAUAAGCAGUCUCAUGUUAAGUCAGCAAUGGAAGGCAUAUCCAAUCUGCGACUGGGUAUAUGGAGGCAAACAAUGGUGCCAAUCAACCAAAUGACAGAUGUACUACGUGUAGUGAAGGAGGUGCCCACACUGAAGCGAGGGGCUUGGGUUAGACUCAAGAGAGGGAUCUUCAAGGAUGACUUGGCACAAGUGGAUUAUGUUGAUGCAUCACAGAAUACAGUACAUCUCAAGCUCAUCCCUCGCAUUGAUUAUACACGUAUGCGAGGAGCUCUCAAAUCAAGCCAGCCAGAAAAUGACCUCAAAAGAAAAAAACCGAGACGUCCUGCCCAGAAGUUGUUUGACACAGAUGCUAUUCGUGCCAUUGGUGGUGAAGUCACGCAGGAUGGUGACUUCCUUAAUUUUGAAAUGAAUCGUUACACUCAUAAGGGAUAUUUGUAUAAGUCAUUUGCUAUAUCGGCUAUUGUAGCAGAUGGAGUAAAACCAACAUUAAGUGAACUUGAGAAGUUUGAGGAACAAAGCCUGGCAGACAUGGAGCUCACCACAAGUGGUCGUGAGGAUGAUGGUCACAGCUUUGCUCCAGGUGACAACGUUGAAGUAGUUGAAGGUGAAUUGGUGAAUUUGAUGGGCUCAGUAACACGUGUCGAUGGAAACAAGAUUACAAUCUUCCCCAAGCAUGAAGAUCUUAAGGAUGAAUUAGAAUUUCUUGCUCAUGAACUGAAGAAAUAUUUCAAUCAAGGUGACCAUGUGAAAGUCAUUGCAGGAAGAUAUGAAGGUGACACAGGACUCAUUGUCAGAGUGGAAGAAAAUAUGAUUGUUCUCUUCUCUGAUCUGACAAUGCAUGAACUCAAGGUAUUGCCUCGAGAUCUCCAGUUGUGUGCUGAUGUUGCCACUGGUGUUGAUUCUCUUGGCCAGUUCCAGUGGGGAGAUUUGGUUUCUCUUGAUGCCCAGACUGUUGGUGUGAUUGUGAGACUUGAGAAGGAAAAUUUCCAAGUUUUGAACAUGCAUGGCAAGCUUGUUCAUGUCAAGCCCCAAGCAGUGCAUAAGAAGAAGGAAAACAGACGUGCCAUGGCUCUAGAUUCUGAACAAAGCACAAUCCAAGUGAAGGAUAUUGUAAAAGUUAUUGAUGGGCCACAUUCAGGUCGCCAGGGUGAAAUACGUCAUCUGUAUCGAAACUUUGCAUUCUUACAUUCUAAGAUUAUGAUUGAAAAUGGUGGAAUAUUUGUUUGCAAGACGAGGCAUUUGUCUCAAGCUGGAGGAGCAAAGUCAAGUGGAGGUGGCCUGGGUGCUGGGGGUCUUGGGAUGGGCAUGGGUUUCAUGUCUCCACGGCUGUCCUCUCCAGCUCAUUCCACAGGCAGUCAGAGUGAGCGAGGCGAUCAUGGAGGUGGAGGGGGUGGCUUUGGUGAGCGAGGAAGAGGACGUGGGAGAGGCAGAGGAGCAGGCCGGGACAGAGGUAUUAUUGGCCAGACUAUCAAGAUUACACAGGGACCAUACAAAGGUCAUGUUGGUAUUGUCAAGGAUGCUACUGAUUCUACUGUCCGUGUAGAGCUUCACUCCAAGUGUCAGACCAUCAUUGUUGAUCGCUCUCGUGUAUCUGUUGUUGGGGCCACCAAUGCCAAGGCUGGCUCCUUCACCUCCUACACACGCACACCAACCUGGGGUGGAUCUGCUACUCCUGUUUAUGGCAACAGUGGAUCACGCACUCCUAUGUAUGGCUCUCAGACUCCUCAAUAUGAUGGUUCCCGCACACCACAUUAUGGAAGCAUGACACCGUCUCAUGAUGGAUCAGCAACACCUGGCAGACAAUCAGCUUGGGAUCCAACCAUCACCAACACUCCUGCUCGCCACUCUGAAUUUGAUGAUUACUCCUUUGAUGAAGCCUCCCCAUCACCAGCAUAUAAUCCAGGGACCCCAGGUUAUCAGUCUGAUGCUGGCCAAGGUCCUUACACACCUCAGACUCCUGGCACUGUCUAUAGUUCAGACCACAACUACAGUCCUUACCAGCCAGAGCCAUCUCCUUCAGGAUACCAACCAGCUGGUGGUAGUCCUGCUGCUUAUGUUGGCACUCCAAGCCCAGGCACUGGGUAUCAAGGAUCUCCAUCUCCUGUCUCUGGUUAUGCAUCACCCUCACCCUUGGCUUCCUUCAGCCCCAUGACACCUGGAGCAGCAUCACCCUACAAUCCUCAGACACCUGGGGCUGGUAUGGAUACGCUGGGCAUGCAUGACUGGCAGACAACAGACAUUGAAGUAAGAAUUAGAGAGACGCAUGAUGAUUCAGGUCUUAUUGGUCAGACUGGCGUCAUUCGAGGAGUAUCGGGUGGAAUGUGUUCUGUGUUCUUGCCAGAAGAAGAACGUGUUGUUAAUAUCCUUGGGGAACACCUUGAGCCUGUUACACCGGCACAACUUGAUCGAGUAAAAGUAAUCUUUGGUGAAGAACGAGAACAGACAGGCAGCCUUCUUUCCAUAGACCAUAAUGAGGGUGUUGUGAAGCUUGAUCAUGCAGAUGUGAAGAUGCUGCAGUUGCGCUACCUCUGCAAAAUGAAAUGAAUAGCUUGAAAGAAAUAUUGGUUUCUUUUUUUGUAUUCACCCACUUUGUCAGAAAAUAGCUUUGGUUUUUACCUUGUAUUUUUUCUUCUUUUAGUAAGUAUGAUUUAGUUAAUGAAAGUUAAGGUUUGUGAUGAUCACAAAAUCUCUUGUUAUGUAUGUUAUGCGUGGGACCAGAUCACUGUAUUUAACAUUUGUUACUAUAAUCACAUGAUUAUAACAAUGUGAUUAAAAAUAUUUGCAAGUGAUGGAAAAAUUUUAAGUUUUCAUUCAUAUAGGUACAAACUUUUAUCUAAUGAACAAAUAAUCAAAUUAGUUUCCUUCAUGUACAGUAAAUUCGUUUUUAUCCAGAUAUAUUAAUUGGAGGUAGGUAUAAUUCAUGUUCAAUGAAUUUCAAUACAGAAAUGGUUGUGGCAACCUUCUUUCAUAUAACAUUAUUUUUCUCAUGAUCAUGAAUAGCAUUGGCAUCAUAAAGGCAACCAUAUUUGUACCUUAAGCCAGUAGAACUGCUGUGCACAGCCAUUAUUUAAUCCAACAUCAUCAUGUGUGGACAAAAACUUGGUGUGAAAAUGUAAGGAGAUAUUAAGAAUGUAAUAGGCCAUCCAUCUAUCUUAGUGCCUCACUCCCUCUUGGAGCACUCCCAAGGAUGUCUGUGGAGGAGGAGCCUUUACUUAGGAUACUAUGACACAGCAUCUUUUUUGCACAUGUAUUCCUUUACCAUUUGGUGCCAGUCUAUAAAGUUUUCCUUUCCUACUAGGGGUUCCAGUUUUAUUGACAUACAUUGGUCAUACCAAGGGGAUGAGAGAUCAAGAUUUUGUACUCUUAAAUUCCUUGCCCUCUUUAACCAACUUACUCCAUUAUAUUUCUUUUCACCCAUUCCACCACUUGACAUUUUCUCCAUUUGCAUGAGAUGUUCAAAUCUUUGUUAUACAUUUUCAUUGCCACUUCAUUGUCAUUUAAUACCUCUUUCAGGUAACGUAUUUCCAAGGCAUGCACUCUAAUUGCUACACUAUUUCAAAUACAAUUUGCAUAUUGAUACAUAAUUGCUAAUUGAAGAAUAUCAUUCCCUUCUCUCUACUUCCGAAGACACAUUUCACAAUCCUUAUAAGUGAUCAUAUGGCAUUUUUCACAUGUUUAUUUCUCCAUAAUGAUUAUAUUUUUUGUCAUGUUAACAGCUAUGUACAAAUAAUUCACUUGAUAAUUCACAGCAACUGUAAGAAGUAAGUUUUGUGUUAGGGAUGCUGAUAGUGACGGCUGAAGUACAGUUUAAAGGAGCCAUAUGAUGCACUAUUGUAUUCCUGCCAAUUGUUAAUGUGUACAGGGUUUCCCAACAGUUAAAGCAAAUAUACUUCAAUAGAUAUAUAUUUGUUUUGGUUUAUCUUUGAUGUGUAUUUUUUAGAAUGUAUUGCAGUGUGAAUAACAAGAAAGAUUAUUCAAAGCUGAAAAUUCUCAAUAGGCAUGUCCUUGAUAUACUUUUGGAUUUUUGGUGAACUUUGAGACUGUAUCAAGUACUUUGGCCAUAGCUCUAGGGUGUGCUUGAUAUUGAAAUAUGAUGCUUAAAAUAAGUUGAAAAAAAUGAUACAUGUAGAGAAGCAUUCCUGCCCAAAACUUUUCCUCACCCUGUCAUUUUUAUCCUUCCCUCCCUCAUUUUUGCUAGGCCAUUUGUAACAAGGGCCACAGCGCAUUAAUGUAAAUAUUCUACCCAAGCAAAAAAAAAAAAAGUAUGUCAAGAUAUGUGUAUAAAAGAUUUUCUAUUUAGGAUAACAUUUCUUUACCUCCAACUAUCUGGUCUAACUUGCAUCUGUGUGUGUGUAUGCAUGUAUGUGUAUGCACACACAAACAUGAACAUAAAAUGUUUACUUCCCAUAGAUUACAUUUUUAAGAAGUGAAAGAUAUUAACUGUUGAAAACUGAAGUAAUUGUACAAAGCUGUAUUUAAGAGAUAUUAUGUAUUAGUGGGGAGUUGCUGUGUGAAGCAAACAGACAGUAUAUACUUGCAGAGUUGCUCUGCACUGGGCUUGUUUAUUGACCAUGCACCAUAUAGUAGCAUUGCUACCCAGUUUACACAUAACAUGCUGUGUGAAUUGUAAUAUUAUAAAUACUGUUGUAUAAUAAUUAUACUACUGCUUCCAAGAAUAACACAAACCAGAGAGGAAUUGAAUAUCAUUAUCAAAUUUGUGAAGCUGAAACAUGUAACAUCUUAAGAUCUGGAUAGAAAAGCAACCUGGAGACAAUAUACUACUUUCGUUUACCAGGAUAGAUCAGAACUGCAGGUAAAAUGUCUGGAUAUAAAGGAAUUUUUCUGUACCAAUUUCAUAUUAAAAUAGAAAUUAUCCAUGCAUAGUGUCAUUUUGUUGAACCAAGUUGCAUUAAUGUUUCUUUUCAAUUAGUUUAGUAAAAACGUGUACUCGUCAUUGUUACUUGAGACAGUCUUUCAGCAGCUGUAUACUUUAACUACUAUAUUUAAAACUAAAGUUACACUUUCCUGUUACAUCAAUGUUCUGUCAAGCUUCCUUGUGUAUAAUAAAUUAAGCCUAGCAGCUGAAUGAAGAGUGAAAGCAU